AUGGCCCGGGCCGGCAGCCCCAGCGCCGACGCGGAGCGGGCCAGGGGCGUUGAGCCACAGGACCCCUUGGAGCUGUCCCUGGAGGAGGUGCUGAAGGCGUACGAGCAGCCCAUCAACGAGGAGCAGGCGUGGGCCGUGUGCUUCCAGUGCUGCCGCGGGCUUCCGGAGCCCAUGACAAUGGUGGUGCUACCGGCCAGCUCAGAAGCCCAGAUGGUGCAAUCGUUGGGCUUCGCUAUCUACCGUGCGCUGGACUGGGGCCUGGACGAGAGCGAGGAGCGUGAGCUCAGCCCGCAGCUGGAGCGGCUCAUCGACCUCAUGGCUAACAGCGACAGCGACGAUGGUGGCUGUGGGGCCGACGAGGGCUACGGGGGCCCAGAGGAGGAGGAGGAGACCGAGGGUGGCCCGCGUACCGUGCGCACCUUUGCCCAGGCCAUGCGGCUGUGCGCUGUGCGCCUGACUGAGCCUCGCUGUGCGCAGGCGCACUACCAGGCCGUGUGCCGCGCGCUCUUCGUGGAGACACUGGAGCUGCGUGCCUUCCUCGCCCGCGUGCGCGAAGCCAAGGAGAUGCUCCAGAAGUUUCGGGAAGAUGAGUCCCAGGCAGAGAAGCCCCUGGCAGAACUCAACGACCUGGGGCACACGGACUGGGCCAGACUCUGGGUGCAGCUCAUGCGGGAGCUUCGCCGCGGGGUGAAACUCAAAAAGGUACAGGAACGGGACUUCAACCCACUGCCAACAGAGUUCCAGCUCACGCCCUUCGAGAUGCUCAUGCAGGACAUCCGUGCCCGCAACUACCAGCUGCGGAAGGUCAUGGUUGACGGGGACAUCCCUCCCAGGGUAAAGAAGGACGCCCAUGAGAUCAUCCUGGACUUCAUCCGCUCGAGGCCACCGCUGAAGCAGGUCUCAGAGAGGAGGCUGCGCCCGUUACCACAGAAACAGAGGACCCUGCAUGAGAAGAUCCUGGAAGAGAUCAAGCAGGAGCGGAAGCUCCGGCCAGUGACAAGCUCACCCUGGGAUGUCCGUGGGUUUGGCUCUCUGCCCUGCAUCCUCAACGUCUGCUCUGGAGAUGUUAAGUCCACUUCCUGCGUCAACCUGUCCGUCUCAGAUGCCAGGAGCAGCACCCAGCGCUCGCGACCCCGGGUCCUGCUUAAGGCACCCACCUUGGCUGAGAUGGAGGAGAUGACCACGUCAGAGGAGGAGGAGUCCCCAUGCGGGGAGAUGACACUGAAGCGGGACCGCUCCUUCUCGGAGCAGGACCUGGCCCAGCUCCGGAGCGAGAUGGCCUCAGGCUUGCCGACCUCUGAGUCCUCAGCAGGGAGGGAGCUGCCGGCCAGGCCUCGUGCAGGUAGUGUGCAUGCCUGGAGGCCCAGCACCCAGGACCAUGGCAAGUGCUACGCCCACCCCAGCCCCUUCCUCAACCCUGCCCACCCCCAACUCAGCAGCCUGGGUGCAGUUGAGGAGAGGCCUGAGGCCGCUGUGGCCCUGGACAGCCAGGCCAAGCACCUGUGGCUGGAGUUCAGCCACCCUGUGGAGAGUCUGGCGUUGACUGUAGAGGAGGUGAUGGAUGUGCGCCGAGUACUGGUGAAGGCUGAGAUGGAGAAGUUCCUGCAGAACAAGGAGCUCUACAACAACCUGAAGAAGGGGAAGAUUUGCUGCUGCUGUCGAAUCAAGUUCCCACUGUUCUCCUGGCCACCCACCUGUCUCUUUUGCAAGAGAGCUGUCUGCUCUUCCUGUAGCAUAAAGAUGAAGAUGCCUUCUAAGAAGUUUGCACACAUCCCUGUAUACACUCUGGGCUUUGAGAGUCCUCUGAGAGUUUCAAGUGCCAGAACCACACAGGCGCAGAGAAAAGAUGUCUUCCAGUCCCUGCAGGGGCCCCAGUGGCGGAGCGUAGAGGAGGAAUUCCCCCACAUCUAUGCCCACGGCUGCAUCUUGAAGGACGUCUGCAGCGACUGCACCAGCUUCGUGGCCGAUGUGGUCCGCUCCAGCCGCAAGAGCGUGGACGUCCUCAACACCACGCCAUGCCGGGCACGCCAGACCCAGUCCCUCUACAUUCCCUCCACCCAGACUUUGGACUUCCAGUGA